AUGGUGAAUAAAGAUAAUAGGAAAAUUCAUAAGGCACAUAUUAGUAGAUAUGUAGGAUAUAGGAAACGAGAAAUGAAUAAUACUUUUUUUAGCAAAUCCUAUAAGUUGUUUUUUUCAAAUAAUAAAUAUGAAUAUUCAAAAGAUGAAGAAAAAAAAAAUAUAUAUCCUUUAUCAUUAAAACUUUUAAUAUUAACAGUUUUUAUAUGUAUAUUGCAAUUUUCUAAUAAUAAUGGAUAUUUCGAAAAGUAUGUUAAUAAAAAUUCAGGAAAUGACAAUGAGUAUUAUUUUAAUAUAAAAUAUAAUAGAUCCUUAGCAGAAUUAAAAAAAAGAAUUGGCGCUAUAAGAGAAAUGAUAAAUAACGAUUCCUUUGGUACCGUUUUUAAAAAUCAUUUACCAUUACCUGCAAGUAUAACUAAAGGAGAUUCUGAAGCAGAAGCAGGUGGUAAUGAUUCACGUAAUACAUCAGAAAAAGCUGUAAGUUCUUCAAAUGAUGAUAAUAAUACAAAUGAUGAAGGAAAAGAUAAACGUAAAUUAAAAGGAAUUUGUAAAGUUAAAAAAUUAAUGGGAUUAUCAAAAAUAUGUGGGAAUAAAUCAGGUAAAUCGAAUUUACAAUUACAAAAAGCUUUGGAUAUAUUAGAAAUAAUUUUUGAACAAGUUUCAAAAGCAUUACCUUUUAUAUUACCUUUCGUUCCUCCAUUUAUGGUUUAUAAAUAUGGAUAUGCAAAAACGUAUGUAAUGUUAUAUACAUUUAAUUUAAUUCAUGCUAUGUUUAAAUGGGCUAUUUUAUUGAGAAAUAUGUUAAUGAAAAGUAAACAACGCAGAAAUGAAGCACUUAGGGAACAAGAUGACAAUUUAAAUAUACAAAACCAAUAA